AUGUUAGGGACUGUGAAAAUGGAAGGGCAUGAAACCAGCGACUGGAACAGCUACUACGCCGACACUCAGGAGGCCUAUUCCUCGGUGCCCGUGAGCAACAUGAACUCGGGGCUGGGCUCCAUGAACACCAUGAACACCUACAUGACCAUGAACACCAUGACGACGAGCGGCAACAUGACCUCCAGCAGCCCCAUGGCCUACACCCAGUCCAAUCUCGGCAGGACGCGGGACGCCAAGACCUUCAAGCGGAGCUACCCCCACGCCAAGCCGCCCUACUCCUACAUCUCCCUCAUCACCAUGGCCAUCCAGCAGGCGCCCAGCAAGAUGCUGACGCUGAGCGAGAUCUACCAGUGGAUCAUGGACCUUUUCCCCUACUACCGGCAGAACCAGCAGCGCUGGCAGAACAGCAUCCGCCACUCGCUCUCCUUCAACGACUGCUUCGUCAAGGUGGCCCGCUCCCCCGACAAGCCCGGCAAGGGCUCCUACUGGACCCUGCACCCCGACUCCGGCAACAUGUUUGAAAACGGCUGCUACCUCCGCCGGCAAAAGCGCUUCAAGUGCGAGAAGCCGGCGAACAGCAAAGCCCCCCAGGAGGGCAGGAAAGAUCAGGCCGGGGCCUCCAGUUCCAGCUCCAACUCCCCCCUGCACAGAGGCCACAAUAAACCCGCGCAGCUGGAGACCGCCACCUCCCUCUCCGGCUCCAACCCGUCCACCAGCCCCCAGUCUAUGGACCACAGCGGAUCGAGCACGGAGCUAAAGACCUCGGCCUCGGCCGCCUCCUCCACCAUCAGCUCCCGCCCCGCCUUGGCCACCGUCCCGCACCCCCCUCACUCCUUAGCCCACGAACCCCAGCUCCACCUCAAGGGCGAUCCCCACUACUCCUUCAACCACCCCUUUUCCAUCAACAACCUCAUGUCCUCCUCGGAGCAGCAGCACAAGCUGGACUUCAAAGCCUACGAGCAGGCGCUGCAAUAUUCCUCCUACGGUGCCAGCAUCCCCGGCGGGCUGCCCCUGGGCAGCGCCUCCAUGGCGGGCCGGAGCAGCAUCGAGCCCUCGGCCCUAGAGCCCUCCUACUACCAAGGUGUGUAUUCCAGACCCGUGCUAAACACCUCCUAG